ACCUAUCCGGAAACCGAUCCACGGCCGAAUUGGCUGGCGCCCGGAGGAGGCUAGCGGUCAUUUUCCUCGAGCGAUAACAGUGCGUCGCGCGAUAUCGCAGCAAAACUGCCGCGAGUGGAGGCUAUCGCGUGGCGGCGCGACCGCGCCAAGGAAAACCGACGGCUGUACGCGUCGCUCGAUACUGCCGGCAGCUCUGCCAUCCACCUGGAAUUGCCCGGGCCUUUUUAAAAUCGGCCACGUUCGCGCGCUCCAUUCCGUUCCUCUUGCUUGCCCCUCCAGUUGGAUGCCUCGUACGAACGAACCGUCGACGCUGUUGUUUCCGUUGAAGCACCGGCUCUUGGGGUUCGUCACUGGUUUUACGGAAUAGACAGAGCUCACCACCAAACAGAAUGGCCUACGACGACGUGAUACUGCAGAUGGGCCAGUUCGGCAAGUAUCAACGCAGGAUAUAUUUGCUGCUGUGUCUGCCCGCGAUUUCGUGUGCCUUUCACAAGCUCGCCGGGGUGUUCCUCGGCGAUAAGAUCGGAUCCAGAUGUGCACUGCCGUGGGAAGAAGCGCACAACGCGACGUUCGAGCUGCCGGAGCUGCUGCUGAACGCCAGUUACCCGUGGGAUGACAAGCUUGGCGACUGGUCGCAAUGCGAGCGCUACCGAGAUAUGUCGGGUAUAAGGCCGAACAGCAUCAACAUAUUGCUCAGCGAGGCGACCAAUGCCGCCAGGCCGACGAUCAAGUGCGAGCGCUACGUCUACAACCUGACGGUGUACACCGGCAGCACUACUUCGGAGUGGGACCUGGUCUGCGAUCGAGAAUGGAUGCGGGCGUUCAGCGAUUCCGUCUUCAUGGUCGGCGUGGCACUUGGCUCCACGCUCUUCGGCGCCUUGUCCGACAAGUACGGCCGAAAGCCCAUAUUCUUCUUGUCGCUGAUCAUCCAGUUGCUCGGCGGAAUCGUCGUGGCCUUCGCACCGGAAUUCGUAACCUACAUCGUCUUCAGGGCGAUCGUCGGCUCGACUACCAGCGGCGUCUUUCUCGUCGCUUACGUUAUCGCCCUGGAAAUGGUGGGACCGCAAAAACGCCUGAUAGCAGGUAUCGGCUGCCAAUUGUUCUUCACCGCCGGCUACAUCAUGACGGCCGGCUUCGCUUGUUACAUCACCGACUGGCGCACGCUUCAGAUCGCUCUCACGCUGCCCAGUGUCGCUUUUCUCCUCUACUGGUGGUUCAUCCCGGAAUCCGCGAGGUGGCUGCUGACCAAGGGUCGCGCCAAAGAGGCAAAGCAACUGCUGCAAAAAGCUUCGCGCGAGAACGGUGUCGAUAUUGCUGAUUCGACACUCGAACGCAUGCUCGACGAAUCCAAUGGCGACAGCACGCCGGACACCGACAAGCCUUCCAUUUUCGACCUGUUCAGAUAUCCCAAUUUGCGCAAGAAGAGUGUCCUCCUGUUCUUCAACUGGCUGGUCAACAGCGGCACCUACUACGGCCUUUCGUGGAACGCCUCCAGUCUCGGUGGUAACAAAUACACCAACUUUGUAAUAUCCGGUCUGGUCGAGGUGCCGGCCUACACCUUUCUCAUCUUCACGCUCAACCGUUGGGGUCGCAAGAGCAUUUUGUGCGGCUGUAUGAUCGUCUCGGGACUCGCACUCAUCGCCACGCUCUUCAUACCACAAGAUAUGAAGAUCUUGAAGGUGACGUUCGCCAUGAUCGCCAAGCUUGUCAUCACGUCGUCUUACGGCACCAUCUACGUCUUCACUGCCGAGCAGUUUCCCACGGUCAUCAGGAACGUCGGGCUUGGCGCCAGCUCCACUUUUGCUCGCGUCGGCGGCGUUCUUGCCCCCUACAUCAACUUCUUGAAUAUUUAUUGGGAGCCGUUGCCGUUUGUGAUUUUUGGUAUUAGCUCGCUCAUCGGCGGUCUACUCACGCUCAUGUUGCCGGAGACGCUCAAUAAGAAGCUACCCGAGACCAUUCGAGAUGGUGAAUCUUUUGGAAGAAAAUUUUCAAAGCUCGAGAAGAACAUUAUCGACAUCGAAGACGUAACUACCAGCAAAGACGAAAUCAAUCGUAUGAAAUCGUUUUCGUAAUAGAUAUCCGUGAAUGCACGCAUCAAAGUACAAGAUAAAACGUCAAGCAUUGCUCUCUUCGCCUCAUAGUAACAUUUUUUUGUUUUGUUUUUUACAUCGACUCAAAUGAUAUUCUGCCAAAUAUAGAUAGCAUCAUUUUAACCGACGACGAAGAAACAGAAAACAAGCUUGACGAGCAUUUACGAUAAGGAUAAAUUGCGAAAAAAUACCAUAUUCUACGUAUAUCGUAACAACUCGAAUAAAUAUUUUACUCAAUAUUGAUAAUUGUAAUAACGUGUUCAUGUAAAGAGAAUGUAGGACAUAUUUUUAAUCGAUGCCGUUGCCCUGACGAUAAAUCACGUUUAUAUAGGCAAAGCAUUCAUUCAUCGCCGUUUUAAUUAAUAAGGUUGUUUUUCAUCUCUUCCCUAGUUAUUAAGUUUUUCAGCAUUGCUAUCAUUGAAUUAAUUUUAAGGUCUCUCGCUCAAGUUUGAAACGUUGGUAAAAAGCUUCCAAAGUGACAUUAUUACUUUACUCUAAAAUUAAAUUAAGAGUUAAUUUAAGUUAUGGAAGUACAAAAUUAUUUAAUCAUACGCAUAAUCAAAAAACAGGUACCAAUACAGGCGUAAAUCGAUGUUCAACGUGUAAUAGACAGAAAUGUAAAAUAUUUUAUAAGCUACAGCUAUUAUACAUAAUAUGAGCCCAAAUCCCACUAGAAGAUUAGCGCUAAAUUUUUUUACGAAUUCGUCGCAUAGCAAUACGAGAUCUUGCUUGCUGUGUUCAUAUAUAUAUAUAUAGUUAUCCUGUCGAAAGACUGAUUGUUGCUUAACACUAAACCUACCAGAGCGGUCAAAUGACUGUUCCUAAAAAAAUAAAUAAAACUUGAAAAAUAAAUGUUUUUUAAUUAUUAUAUGAUAAUUAUUUUGUGUUUGUUGUUCAUGCUAAAUUCUGUAUUAAUUACAAUCAACUGGAAAAAGACUAUAAUUGUUUGUUUCAAAAGUGGUCAUUUGACCGCCAUUCGGUAGAAUUAGGUAUAUAUAUGUUGGUAGGUUUAGUGUUUAUCUUAAAUUAUUUCAGAUAGACACAAAAGUUCGUUCAAACUAAUCGUUCGAUUUUUAUAUAGAUACUUCUAUUACAUUUUUAUAAUAAAAUUACAGAGUAAUUUGUUUGCCUCGAUAAUUAAUUUUUCUAUUUGAUCUU